AUGGCUGAGAAAUACGGUAUAUCUGAAGCUGAAUAUGCUAUCAUUAAAAAACAAGCUGCAAAACGCGCUGAAAUGCGGCGAGAAUUUCUCAAACAGCGCACCAAUCCAUUUAAACACGCAGCGGAGGCUGGAUUUGUCUUUGAUGAAGGCCACCAACGCUUCAUUUCUAUGAAAGUGACUCAAUUUGAAUACUUCAAACCCAACCGUAGGAACGCUCUGUUUGGAAUAGGUACUAUCGUUAUCCCGAUGUUUGUAUACGGAUAUCUCAUACACAAAGAACGUUCGACACGAGAAGCUAAAGUUCGAUCCGGUGAAAUUCGCUACAGAGACAGAUUAUUCAAACUGUGCUAA